UCAGUUGACGCCGCGUGUCCCGGGCCGGCCUCCGAGGUGUCGCCAGGUUGGUGAUAUUCCUACUUGAAGGACAUCAUGUUUUCCAAACUAGCACGUUUGCAGACUGUUGCUGUCCUUCGUGGAGUUCAUUCUUCAGUGGCUUCUGCUACAUCUGUUGCAACUAAAAAAACAGUCCAAGGCCCUCCAUCCUCUGAUUACAUUUUUGAACGGGAAUCUAAAUAUGGUGCCCACAACUACCACCCUUUACCUGUAGCCCUGGAGAGAGGGAAAGGUGUUUAUGUAUGGGAUUUAGAAGGCAGAAAAUAUUUUGACUUUCUGAGUGCCUACAGUGCUGUCAACCAAGGGCAUUGUCAUCCAAAGAUUGUGAAUGCUUUGAAAAGUCAGGCGGACAAAUUGACCUUAACAUCUAGGGCCUUCUACAAUAACGUGCUCGGUGAAUACGAAGAGUAUGUCACCAAACUUUUCAACUACCACAAAGUUCUUCCCAUGAAUACAGGAGUGGAGGCUGGAGAGACUGCUUGCAAACUUGCUCGUAGAUGGGGAUAUACCGUGAAGGGGAUCCCGAAAUACAAAGCAAAGAUUGUUUUUGCAGCUGGAAACUUUUGGGGUAGAACAUUGUCUGCUAUCUCCAGUUCCACAGACCCAACCAGUUACGAUGGUUUUGGACCAUUUAUGCCAGGUUUCGAAAUCAUUCCAUAUAAUGAUCUGCCUGCUCUUGAGCGUGCACUUCAGGACCCAAACGUUGCCGCGUUCAUGGUGGAACCAAUUCAGGGUGAAGCAGGCGUUGUUGUUCCAGAUCCAGGCUACCUUGUGGGCGUGCGAGAGCUCUGCACCCAGCACCAGGUUCUGUUUAUUGCUGAUGAAAUACAGACAGGAUUGGCCAGAACUGGUAGAUGGCUGGCUGUUGAUCACGAAAAUGUCAGACCUGAUAUGGUCCUUCUAGGAAAGGCACUUUCUGGUGGUUUAUACCCUGUAUCCGCAGUGUUGUGUGAUGAUGAAAUAAUGCUGACCAUUAAACCAGGGGAACAUGGUUCAACGUAUGGUGGCAAUCCACUGGGCUGCCGAGUGGCCAUUGCGGCCCUGGAGGUUUUGGAAGAAGAAAACCUUGCUGAAAAUGCAGAGAAAAUGGGUGUCAUCUUGAGAAAUGAACUCAUGAAGCUACCUUCUGAUAUUGUAACGGCUGUAAGAGGAAAAGGAUUAUUAAAUGCUAUUGUUAUUAGAGAAACCAAAGAUUAUGAUGCUUGGAAGGUGUGCCUGCGACUUCGAGAUAAUGGACUUCUGGCCAAGCCAACCCACGGUGAUAUCAUCAGGUUUGCACCUCCACUUGUGAUCAAGGAGGAUGAGAUUCUGGAGGCCGUGGAAAUCAUUAACAAGACCAUCUUGUCUUUCUGAGGGUGACAGUUUUCAGUGGUGCCUGGGAGCCAGCUGGAGACAGGCAGUUCAUAAAGCUCUGCGUUUCUGCACUUAAUGCAGGCAUAUUCCACUCCCCCAUGUCAAGGGCUUUUUAAAAAAUAUAUGUUUUUCAGUUCAUACAUAAUAGAAUGACAUUUAUAAACGUGCAGUUUGCUGUGUAACGUAACUAAGAGAAUGUCCUGGCAUCUUAUAUUCGAUUAAGUGUAUGUGUGUUUGUGUGUGUGUGUGGGUGUGUGGGUGUGUGUGCGCGCGCGCUUUCUAAGGUGAGAUGCAUCUCUCUAUAUAGACAGCCUUUUAAUCAAGCCCCUCAGCAUAAUUUAUAUAUGUUUUAAUAAUUUCCUUGCUGGUAUAAAUUGUAUUUGGAAAAAGUUAUAGGAGAGUAUUGCAUAGAAGAUUAGCUUAACCUCAUAAAGUUGAGUCAUAGUCAUUGAAUUUUAGGAAGGAUUAAUGGUUAAGCUUACAUAAAAUACUAGAUUUAAGUAAACACCAUAUUGGCUAGCACCAAGAUGUAUUCUAUGAAUGUCAUUACUUUGAAUUAAGAAUUAUUGUUUAACAUUCCUGAUUAUGUUUUAAGUGUUUGAUAUAAUUUGUAUAAAGUGUUUAUUUUCAGUGUUUCUUUAAAUUUAAAAUAAAGCUCAUAUUUAAAAUGUCUACGUUGGGA